AUGCAAAAUUUCGUCGUCUUCUCAUUGCUCGUCGGGGUUACGGUGGCUGGGUUCAAGCCGUUGCCUGGAGGAACUCCAAGCAAAUUGACAGCUUCUUGUGUCGAUUUCUGUAACGGUCAAUCGCGAUCAACGAGCACUGGAUUCAACUUCCAAGACAAUGGAUGGGAGCUGUGCAAUUGUCCAAUUGCACAAGGAGCUCAUCAAUGGGCAAACAGUGGUUGCUGGCGAGAAUGUGUUGAUCGAUGCGUUUCAUUAAAAGGAAAAUGCGCUGAUCCGAAAAAAAGCAAUAAGAAAAAUGAAGGUCCCUGUUGCUCAACAGCUGACAAGAAUUCAACAAUUCAAGCUCAAUGUUAUUCUACAGCAUCUGGUCUCUGUUAUUGUAAUGGACAAAAUGCACAAUGUAGCGGUGGAUCAGUGACAACAACGACAACGACACAAAAUGCAGGCGGUGGACCAAUUGGUGGACCAAUUGGAAGAAAA